GAUUUACGUCAACUCGGGAGUUUUAGGUUAGGUUAUUCUAUUUUAGUGCAAAUAGGCUAAUUUUAAUUAUGCAAAUAAAAAGAUAGUAAAUAUUGAAUGAAAAUGUCACAAUUAAUGCUUAUAAUAGCACUUGCACAUCUGGUGUACUGUCCUUUUACGAAAGUGGAGGAAAGUUUCAAUUUGCAGGCUAUGCAUGAUAUUUUAUACCAUAGAUUUAACUUAACACAGUACGACCAUCACGAUUUUCCCGGUGUUGUCCCAAGAACAUUCAUUGGGCCUUUGUUUGUAUCGAUCCUCUCCUCCCCAUUCAUUUUCCUUUUAAAGUUAUUGGAUAUUAACAAGUUUUGGGCUCAAUAUAUAGUUAGAACAAUAUUAGCAACAUGUGUUAUAACAAGUUUUAGUAUUUUAAGUAAAACGUUGGAAAAACAAUUCGGAACGCGAUGGUUAUUAUGGUUUACUGCCAUUACGGUAACACAAAGCCAUUUUAUGUUUUAUCUCAGUCGACCACUGCCCAAUACAUUUGUACUACCCCUAGUUUUAUUGGCUCUGGAUGGUUGGAUAAACAACUCGCAAAAAAAAUUCGUACUCUUUGCCGGGGCAAGCAUAAUAAUAUUUCGGUCCGAAUUGGUGAUGCUUUUUGGAAUUUUACUGUUAUACGAUUUGUACCACAAAAGAAUUACUUUAAAACGAUUGCUACAAAUUGCAGUCCCAGGAGGAAUAGGGUUUUUAGGUUUAUCAGUCGUUAUCGAUUCUAUCUUUUGGAACAGACCACUCUGGCCUGAAGGAGAAGUAUUAUGGUUUAAUGCUAUUUUGAAUAGGAGUUCGGACUAUGGAACUUCUCCAUUUCUGUGGUACUUCUAUUCAGCAAUUCCCAGGGGAAUGGCUGCAUCCCUUCUCUUGGUCCCUAUAGGAUUUUUCUUGGAUGAAAGAGUAAGAAGGCUGGUGGUACCAGCAUUAUUGUUUGUCCUUGUCUACUCGGUGUUGCCACACAAAGAACUAAGAUUCAUCAUGUACGUCUAUCCAUUACUAAACGUAGCUGCUGCCACUGCCUGUCACAGAAUUUGGCAAAAUCGCGACAAAACACCACUUUACUACAUCCUAUCUCUGGGCGCGAUGGGCCACCUAAUCGCCAACAUACUAUUCACCUUGUUCUUACUAAGCAUAUCGGGCACAAACUACCCUGGCGGCGCUGCCAUAUCUCACCUGCACCGGUUGGCCAGAGACGACGUCAACGUGACAGUGCACAUAUCUAAUCUAGCCGCCCAAACGGGGGUGUCUAGAUUCACGGAGAUCAACGAAGACUGGAUUUAUUCGAAGAAAGAGAACUUGUCCGUCGGAGACUCGGAGUUGUACGAGUUUACGCACUUGAUUGCUGAAGCUAAAAGUAAAUUUAGCAGCAAUUUGAAGCCUUACGCAGCCACCCACGAUAUUAUAGAUACCAUUGAGGCUUUUCAUCAGAUUUCUUUUAAUUAUUUGACGAUUCCGCCCGUUAAAAUCAAGACCAAACCGGUUCUUUACAUUUUAAAGCGCCGGGAUAACUAUAAGGACUUUUUGCAGAUACAAUUAGACAAUUCUAACGAGGACCAAACUUCGGAUGAGGUAUUCGAUCAAAUGCUGGCACGCAAAGAAGGUAACGGUGAAGAGAAUUUAGGUGGCUAUGAAGAAAUGACUGAAGAAAAUAAUGAUAAUUUAGAAGAUUCAGAGGAAGUUGAUGAUGUUGAAGAAGAUGUAGAUAGUAAAAUGUCUCAGGAGACUAAGGAAGCAAAUGAAUUAAAGAAAGCAUCCAUUGAAAAGAAGGAUAAAGAAAAAAUUAUUAUUAAGGAAGAAAUCAAGAUAAAAAUACCAAAGGAAGAAGAUAUAGAAAUGUUUAAUGAAGAAAGCAACGAGAAAGUAAAAAAAAAAGAAAAACUGGAAGAAAUAAAGGCAAAAUUUUCCAAAAAACAAAAAAUAGUUCAAAAACCCAAAUCGGAGGAAAUUAAAGAUGUUCCUGUAUUGAACAACAGAAAAAAUAAAAAGUUUAAAAAAACAUCAAUGGAAACUGAAGAAAACAUCUCAGAAGAAAGCAAUGGAGGAGAUAUAGAUGAAAGUAAUACCAAUGACAUAGAAGAUUUGGAUGAAGAUACAGAAGAAAACAAUGACAAUUUAGAUGAAGAAAAUAAUGAUAAUUUAGAAGAUGAAAAUGAAGAUUCAGAAGAAGUUGAUGUUGAGAAAGAUGUAGAUAGUAAAAUGACGCAGGAAACUAAGAAAACACAUGAAUUUAAUAAAGCAUCUAAGGAAAAUAAGGAUAAAGUAAAAAUUAUUAAGAAAGAAAUCAAGAUUAAAAUACCAAAGGAAGAAGAUGUAUUGAACACCAGGAAAAAUAAAAAGUUUAAAAAAACAUCAAUGGAAACUGAAGAAAACAUCUCAGAACCGUUAAUAAAAAGAGAAGAACCGUCCAAAUGUAAAUAUUUAGAACCAAAAGUAACAAAUGACGAAUUUGAAGAACGUCUUAUAAAAGAACUUAACAUUGUAGAUGUUGUUGAUAAUCUCAAAGCAGCUUCAAAAACCGCAUAUGAAAAAUGUUUAGAGGAAGAAAAUAAACAAAAAAAUGAAGCAAAUGUGGAAAAAGAAAAAGAAUCGUCAAAAUUAAAUCGUUUUAAGGAAUACAGAAAAUCCAAAUCAGUGGAAACUUCAAUAAAAGAAGAUAGAUUUUAUAAAAUUAAAAACGAGAAAAAAUCGAGGAGUUUUGAUGAUGAUGAUCAGCCGAAUACAAAAAGCGGCGAAAGUAAGCAUCACGUUAAAAUGAACAUCAGAAAAAUUAUCCAAAAAUACCGCAGGAAGAAAAUGGAUGAACCAGAACCAGAAAUAGUCUUACCAAAAGAAAAACCAAAUACUAAAGAAAAGCUUAAAAAACUCAUCGAAGAAGAAAGACUGAAGCAAGAACGUGAAGAAUUGCACAAAAUACAAAAACAAAUUCUGGAUAUAAUAGAGAAUAACCCUAACAUAGCAAAUAAGGAAGUCAUAAAGGCCAAAAUACAAGAAACCAUAAUAAAUGAGCUUGUAAACCUAAUUGACUACAAAGUUCGGGAACAUCCAGAAGUCAAAGUGAAGGCAAACAAUAUUAAAGAUACUUUAGAAAAGAAAAAAACACUUAUUCCAACAAGAUUGUUGGAUGAAAAACCCAAAAAAGUGCCAAAGAUCCACCAAAAGCUCCACAAGGCUUUGACGGAAGAAAAUGAAGAUAUCACUGCAGAAUCUAUGCAGGAAGAAUACCUACAAAGUGAUGAAGAAUAUGAAGUAGGUGAAAUAGACAUGCAUCCUGCUCAAAUGAAAAAUAUUAAGGCUGAAGAUUAUAGUGAUAAAAAGAAUGAGUUAUUUGAUGAUGAUGCGUAUAGAAAAUAUAAGAAAACUCAUGAGAAGAUCGAUGAUUUAAUGGUCAUUAUCGAUGAAAUUGUUGAUACCAUAGAAAUUACUGAUGAGGAUAGCAAUGAGUACAGAUAAUAUAUUUGUUAAGUUAACUUUGUUGACUGUUUGUUUUGUUGUUGUUUUGUAAAUUAUUACUUACUAUUUUCUAAAAAGCAAUAAAGUGUGCAAUACAAUUUGUUGUUUUUAUUCAGAAUUUGACGUAAAAAAAU